AUGCUUUCCAUUCGUUCCUCUGUGCCUCGCGCAUCCCGGGGUUUUAUGGCCGCCAGGCCAAUUGCUUCGACUCAACGAAAUCUAGCAUCAGUGUCGCCAGUCAACCCUGUUGCUCGAAACCACAAGGUUGUGGUAGUUGGUGGCGGCUCUGCUGGUCUAAACAUCAGCCACCAGCUAUUACGGUCGGGAAAAUUCGCUGCUGAUGAUAUUGCCAUUGUCGACCCAGCAGAAUUGCAUCACUACCAGCCUGGCUGGACUCUCGUCGGCGGAGGGCUGAAGACGAAACAAGAGCUGCAGCGGCCCUUGAGCAGCUUGAUCGACCCUAAGAUCAAGCUCUACAACCAAGGAGUGGGCGCGUUCAGCCCUGAGGACAACUCAAUACGACUCAGCAACACUGACAUCAUCAACUACGACCACCUGGUUGUUGCACCGGGCAUCACCGUCAACUUGAACAGUAUCAAGGGAUUACCUGAGGCCCUUGCUGACCGAGAUGCACCUGUGUCAACCAUUUACAGCUAUGAGACUUGUGACAAAGCGCAUGAGACUAUCAGCAAACUUCAGAAGGGAAAUGCCAUCUUUACCCAGCCAGCAGGCGUCAUCAAGUGUGCUGGAGCUCCACAGAAGGUCAUGUGGCUGGCAUUAGACAAGUGGACGCGUGCGGGUUUGUACAAGCCAGGGAACACUCCCGACUCAGCAAUCCAGGUCACUUUUGCCAACGGGCUCCCUACGAUGUUCGGAGUCCCGAAAUACGCCGCGAAGUUGGAAGAACUCCGAAAAGAGAGGGGCGUCGAAGGCCUUUUCCAGCACGAUCUCGCCUCCAUUGACGGCAAUACGGCGACGUUCAGCCGCGUCGACACCAAGGAGCAGGUGAGGAGGCAUUUCGAUCUGCUGCAUGUUGUGCCCAAGAUGGGCCCCCACGCGUUCGUUGCGGAGAGCCGGCUUGCGAACGAAGCGGGAUAUGUGGACGUCGAUGAUGGCACCACACGACACAAGAAAUACGCCAACGUGUGGGCAGCCGGCGACGCUUCCAGCCUGCCGACCUCCAAGACGGCGGCAGCGAUCACUUCGCAGUCGCCAGUGCUGGUCCGCAACCUGUUGCAGGCCCUGGAGAGCAAGCAGCCCGAUGCUGUGUACGAUGGGUACACCUCGUGCCCGUUGUUGACGGAAUAUGGCAAGGUGCUCCUCGCCGAAUUCAAGUAUGGCGGACAGCCCAAGGAGACUUUUGCAUGGCUUGGAAUUGACCAAGCAACCCCUCGUCGGGCUUUCUAUCAUCUCAAGAAGGACUUUUUCCCUUGGGUCUAUUACAAGUCAAUGGUGAAGGGGACUUGGGGAGGUCCGAAGGGCUGGCUGAACUAG